AUGAGAAAAAAGGGGAAAGGGAGCCUUGGCUGGGUUGUGGAUAGGGGGUUGUUGCCGCCAGGUGGUGGUCGUAUGCUGGGUAGUCUCUUUAUAGAUCGAGGACGACUUGAGAGACUUCACAGCGUGGAAGCGAUGAUGCCUUCACCGCAAGAUCCUGAGCGCUUCAGUUUCUGGGUUGGAUCUCCUAUGCUUGUGAGAUACAAGGGAGGUAUUGCACUUUUCUCCCCUCUUCACAUUGGGAAUUUCAUGUGCACGUAG